AUGGUGUUUCGAAAAAAUGCUAUUCAUGAUGCUUACAAGAAGAUUGAGCGAGAGGAGUCGCUAAUCAUGGGAGCGAAAGCAAUGGUAGCAUCGACAAAAAACCCAGAAGUAAAAAAACGAUUAGAAACAAAUAUUGCUGUAUCCGAAAACAAUAUCACUUAUCUACAAGAAAGAAUCCAAGCGCUAAAGAUUGAGCAAAAUGGGAAAGAUGACGCCUCUGCAGAAGAAAGUGACUCUGUGCAAAACCAUGCUUCAAAGCAACAAGAUGGCGAUUAUCAAAUUCUGCAUGAAAGCAGAAGCGCUUUUGAAUUACUCAGCUCGGAGAAGCCUUUGACUCCGCAGAAGAUUUCCACUAUGUUGCAGCAUUUGCAAAUGCGGUUGUCUGUAGAGCAACAGUGUGUUUCUGGAAUUGAUAAAAUAUUACGUUUAUACUCCAAAGAGGGAAAAGAUACCCGCGAUGUCUCUGUCAAGUUACGAGAAGGUAAACAAAAGGUCAAUCUUUUAAAGCGAUCUAUGAAGCGCUAUAACGAAUUACAUAUUCCCUUGGAUCAACCUAGUUCUGGUCACGAUGAUCAUCCGGCUCAGGUUGCUUUCCGUGGUCUAGCAAAGCCAGUUUCCGGUAGACUUCAAGUCACCAUUCAUUCCGUGCGCAACUUGGAACAUACUUCUCUAUUCCAACAAAACUUGUCUCCUACAUAUUCUUAUACCGUAUGUUAUGUUGAUGACACCCAAGUUGCUCGUUCAAGAAGCUCGCCUGCUGACGAAUGGGACGAGUCCUUUACUUUCGACGUUCAUCGCGCAAAAGAAGUACAGCUUCUUAUUUAUGAUCAAAAAAAAGAGGUCGAUGUUCCUAUCGGAUUCCUUCUUAUUCCCGCUUCUUUAAUCGCGGAAGAGUUGCGCCGAAAGAGAAACUUACAUGAAUUGUCCGAAGCUAACUGGAAGCCAAGCUUGGCUGAUCAAAAUGCCUAUAAUAAUUCUUCAGCUCGUCCGGCUACUGCUGCAUCCGCUACAUCAUAUCGCAAUUCUCUUUAUGAUCCUCUUGCUUCCUCACCUGCUUCCGCCCCUUCCUCUUACAGACUUUUAUCACGUACGUGGCUUUCCCUUGAACCGGUAGGCCAAAUCUGCGUUUCCAUAACAUUCUCAAAGAAACUAACUACACGACAAUUUCUCGAAACUGGUUUAGGUCGUCAGGGUGCUAUUCGCCAAAAGAAGGAUGAAGUUGUUGCAGGACAUCUAGGACACCAAUUUAUUCAAAAACAAUUCUACCAAAUUAUGCGAUGUGCUGUCUGUGGGGAGCUUUUCUCUUAUUCUCCUGGUUUACAAUGUGAGAAUUGUAGUUUUGUUUGCCACAAAAAAUGCUUACACAAGAUUCUUGCAGGAUGUAUUGCAUUAUCAAACGCAGAAAAAGCUGAUUUUGGGCGUCUCAAAUAUCAAAUCCCUCACAGAUUUGAACCGCUUUCAUCCUUGGGAGCUCAUUGGUGUGCUCAUUGUGGUUUCUUUUUACCUUUGCGGCGCAAAGACUGUUUCAGGUGUGAAGAAUGUAAUCUUACAUGUCAUGGGCAAUGUGCCCAUUUAGUUCCAGAUUAUUGUGGCAUGUCAAUUGAUCUGAAAAACCAGCUCUUGGCUGGGCUGGACGUCAACAAUAAAUCACCAAAGGGAAAGCAGGGGACUAACAAGCAAGAUACAAGGUCUUCCGUAUUCUGA